AUGGCAUCAGGCCAUCGGGUUCAUCCAUACGAAGCUGCCAUGGACCAGCAGUCACAGUCUGGGAAACGGAAACAGGCUUGUUUGGCAUGUCGUCGACGAAAGAAGCGAUGCGAUGGCAGUCGUCCCGCAUGUUCGGCGUGCAGUGGGUGGGAUGUCGAAUGUGUCUACCCCGGCGCUCAGACAACGUUCGACUAUGGGUUCCCCACACCCCAUAGUCUGGAGAUGGAGCUGGACGCUCUGGUACAAAACCCAGCCUUGUGGGACCCAAAGACUCUGGCCGCCGCAUCUCCCUCCAUGCCGUUCACGCCCCUGAACUUUCCUCCUGAGCUAUCUCCACCCGCCUCCGAUAUAAAUGGGGUGUCGCACGGCGCACCCCCCUCAGACACCGUUACAUUAGUCGAGCCAUCCCGGCCAUCGUCGCGCACUCUUUCGGGCUUGCAGUCGAUCCAGGUGCCAUCGCAAGCCCAAACCAUCCAGCUGACGAAUGACUUCUUCGAGCGCCACCAUCCGUUCUUUGCAUGUAUUCACAAGGAGACGUUUUUAGAUCGCCUUCGGGGCAAACAGGGCCCCCAGCUAUCCACGCCACUGGAGUGGGCUAUCGUGGCCACGGCCGCGCGGACAAGCCCCGAUGCAUGUGUCUCUACUCAGGCGUACGUCUUUCUGCAAAAUACCGUUGAAUUGCUCUCACAGAGCCCCCCUUUACAGGAGAACGUUUUGCGGGAUAUGCAGGCAUCUGUCUGGUGUGUCUUUUCCCUGUACAGCUCGGGGGAGAUUACAAAAGCCGUUGUUCUCUUGGCACAAGCCUAUACACUCGCCUGCUUGCAUGGAUUGAACAGACUGGAUGACCCGGCUCCCAAUAUCCCCGUACCCUUGCGAUUCUCCUCAAUUGCAGAGGAAGAAUGCCGAUGCACACUGUGGGCCCUAUUUGUCCUUGAUAGGCACAUCAACUACUUAGCAGGUCGCCACUUUGUAAUUGACGAUACUUUGUGGUGUGUGAACUAUCCGUUGGACGACCGAUCUCUCCAACACGGCAUACGCCCAGUGAGCUUGGCCCUUGAUACCACGCCAUUCGAUUCUCUAACUGACCAAUUCGCCAAGGAGCCAGAACCCUUCAACCGUGGCCUGGAGGUAAUAACAGCCGAAAAAUCCAAUGUCCCACUUGGGGUCACUUUGACCCGAUUGGUGUGUAAAACGCUUGUUAUUCUCGGCCGCAUCGCCGAGCAUAAGAGUAUCAGCCCCAUGCCAACAGGCGCCGAAGGCCAGCGCCGCCUCGCUGAGUUUCGCGAGCUCCAGUCCGCCUUGGCCUGCUUCUGGGUCAUCCUGCCACCGUGUGUCCAUAACGUUGUGGAAGUCCCGGCCGAAAACCUGCUCCAUAGCGUCUGGUUGCUGAUCAUCCUCCACCAAUGCUCCACGGUACUCUUCUACAUCACGGAGCCGGAGCGCCGCUCGGGGAGUGUGGUCCUAACCAGCGAGCGGGACAAUUUUGCCUGCUCCUACAAGUCCGUCGACAAAGUCGUUAACGCGCUGCGGGUCGUCUCGGGCCUCGUGGUAAGCCCGGUCUUAAACCCGAUGCUGGCGUCGGCAUACUUCCUGUGCUGUAGGUUUAUUCUCGUGCAGGCGCGCGUAUCUCAGCAGCAGUCGUACCGACUGGAUCUCACCCUCUUUCUGAAAUUGCUCGAGCGAAUGGCGGAAGGACAAGUACAGUUGCCGCUCAUCUAUAAAGAUAUUAUUGACCAGGAAGUUGUGCGAGAGGUGCAGGGAGGCGGCACAUAUCAGUCGUUACUACGGACUGACUAUUGCUUUAUGCUCUAG